AUGGCUCCUGGAAAAGUGUCCGCUUCGAAGCUGAAAAGAGACCAGGAACGUGCUGCGAAAGUGAAGGCCGCCGAGGAAAAGGCUGCUGCUGGUACUGUCCUUCGACACUGAUCUCCUUCAUUGACUCCCAUUUUUGCAGAAGCUGCUGCGAAAGCCGCUGCCGAAGCUGCUGAAAAAGCCGCUGCCGAAGCUGCUGAAAAAGCCGCUGCCGGAGCUGCCGAAGCUUCGCCUGUUGCAUCUCCCGCUGGUCCUUCGUAUGCUUCCGCUGCUGGUCCUUCGUCUGCUUCCUCUGCUGGUCCUUCGUCUGCUUCCGCUGCUGGUCCUUCGUCUGCUACUACCAGUGGCCCAUCGACCUCUGCUUCCGCUGACAAACUGUCCAUGGCUAGUCUGAGUUCAGCUCUUCCUGCCAAAACUUCAUCGUCGAAGCCUCCCCAGCCGGUGAAGCCACUCGCGGUGAAGCCACUCGCUCUACUCGAUAAAAGGAACACGCUCCGCGUCGUAACGAACUCGUAUCCAACGAAGAUCAAAAAUAAGGAAGUAUACCGAUACGAUGUUAUAAUCGAGAUCGACAGACUACCGAAUAAGAACAAAGCCACUAAAGGUAGAAGAGACAACCAAGACUCCGCCUCCAACAAUCCCGACAAACCGAUAAAUCGACCCUCUGAUCGCCAGCGACAAGCCGCGUGUCUGUCACUGGUUGACAGAGUACUAGCAGACGUCAGAUUGGGCCCGUAUGCGUACGACGGAGCAUCAACUCUGUACGCUCUGGUCGAAAGGCUACCGGGUGGUCGCGAACAAAUCCAGCAACAAUUCAAUAAGGAGCAACUGCCGAUUCCGUUCAAGAAGGAGUUCUUCACCUACGGCGAAGGAAUCACCACCGUCACGAUCAAAGCGUCAGUGGACUCCGAGAAGGAGCCUAGAAAGCUUCAAGGGAUUAACGUCCGUUCGGAAGGUCUGGAUAAUGAAUCGAAGGCCGUGACUCAAAUGUUGAGCCUCGCCCUAACCAUGAAUGCUCGUCUCGACGCCAACCUCGUCUCGGGGGCGGGCAACCAAAUAUUCAACAAGAAUUUUAGACACAUGACUUUGGACCAAGUUAAGGUCGAGGAGCGCGAAGGACUCGAGUCAAAAUUAAAAUUGGCGGAACAAAAUCUUCACGUUUUGGCUCACUGUGAGUUUAAAGCUAUACUCUUAAUAUCCAAUAGACUCGGCUAGGGUCGGGUCAAGUCUAUUUAAAAUUGUCCAAUAUCUGAUUGGCAUUAAAUUUUCAAAACAGGAUUUUUGAGAGGAAGAUUGUUUGAAAGUCGCAUUAUUAGCAGUUUGAAACAAACAGCUCUGGAAACUCAAUAGCAAUUUAAUUAAAUGCUACUAUCAAAUUAAUGGGGUUAUUCAGCGAUGUCAAAAAAUGGAAAAAACGCAACGCGUGCACUGUUUUUUCCAUUUUUUAACAUCGCUGAAGAAAGUCUAUUCAUCUCAAAACAUGGCCUCCUCGAUUUUAGAAUUUAUAAAUCAAAUCGACGCGUUUUGUUUCGUAGAAUUCAAAUAUGAAGUCAGUUUCUGCGUCAGCAAAUAUUUUUUCAGGAAACCUGAAAAACAUGAAGAAAUUUAAAAGUUUGUACUACAUCUAUUCUUUAAAAUAAUUUUCAAAGGUUUUUAUUGUGAUAUUUACACUACGCCUCAAAAAAAAUUGCGAAAACGAUUUUCAGAAGGAUUAGACAUUUAUUUAGCUUUGACCCUUUUCGAGUCCUAGGCUACUCCUAGCUCAUGGAGCAAACUUUUCAUGGAUCCAAAUUUGGCGUUUUUCUAUUAUUUGGGCCCUGGGUAACCUCCCUGCAAAGUAGCAAAUGAAUCAAAAAAUAUUUCGGCGCCUGUUUAUUAGUACUUCAGGGAUUGUUCACAAAUUACAAAUGGCGAGUGUUAAAGACUAGAUACCCCGCUUAACCUUUCUUAUUUUUCGAGAAGCCUUAUUAACGAGAAUGAUAACAAAACCUAUGGGGCGGGCAAAUUUUUUACAUCUGAAUUUUUGUAGGCACGUUCACUAUUGCAGCCGUAGAACUCUGGCAAUCGGGCUCUACCGCUCUCCACGUGAAUUAAUUAAAAAUUGAAAAAGGUCGCAAUCGGGUUUUCACGUGGGAUUGCGGUAAAGCGAAACUGACAAGGUUUUGCGAUGCUCACACCUUAUAUCCCCGCUGCCGAUUCUAACAAAUUUGGUGUAAAAGUUACUUUUGCAGACAAAAAGACCCGAUUCUUCUGCGAAGGUGCCCUCGGAAUCCUCCUCAAAAAUGCAUGGUCGGACCUGGACCUUGCGAAUAAGUAUGGCAAAGGAAUGAAAGUGGUUACCGACUUUGAUCCUCCAUCGAAAUUCAAAAUAAGUGGUGUCGGAGAUCACAUCGAUAAUCUGUGGUUGGAUGGUAGACCUCUUCUGCACGAUAGCGCUCGGAUAUCCGGGAGAAGUUUCGGCGAUUUCAACGGCUUUCUUAGAGCCAUGCAAAGAUCCAUCACGGUUCCGAAUCCUGAGAAACCGAAUACAAAAAUCAAGAGGACUUUGAGUUACCCGGUUGAACUCCUGAAAAUCUGCCCUGGUCAAAAGCUGCUCCCGAAACAUGGCAAAGCGGUAAGUAACUGUGAGAUGUUAGUAUUCAGAAUUCAAUUUCAUUUCAGCCUCCCCCAGUUACUCCUGGCGAACGUAAAGAUCGUACCAAGGAUAUUGGAACUCAAAUGCAGAUACUAACCCGGAAUAGAACAUUUGAACAAUUCGGAGUAGAGAUCGCCGAGGAUCCGGUCAAAGUUGACGGGGUUCGAAUUCGGGCUCCAGGAAUUCUGUACAAAAGAAAUGCUCAAAGCCUGGCAAUGCCGAAUGAAAAAGCCGUUAGUUUUCGGUCCGAGUAUUCAAAGAAACUCUACGCAUCUUUUUUAGGUGGGCAAGUGGUUCAUGCCGAAAGCCGAUAGCUUCGUCACUCCGGCCAAUUGUAUUGACCAUAUUCGCAUCUUUUACAACUACGACAACAAGAUUAGAGAGAAAGAGGACGUUGGCAAGAAAUUGGAAGCGCUGCAAAAAGAGCUCCAGGGUCCGAACGCCGUCCAAGUCCUGGGCACAGUAAUCCAAAACCGGUGGGCAGUUGAAACUCGCAAGCAGCAACGAAAAACCAAAGAAAAGUUGCACAGAGUCUUUAUGAGCACUGAUUUUUCCAAUAAGCGGCCAUGUUCGAGUAUUUCGUUGCUGCUUGCAAGUUUCAAUGAUUGUAAAACAUCCAAAAUUACCAGAGCCCGGAUGCCGACAGUCGAUAUGGUACAAAUCUCUGCAGUGACAAACUCGGUGGAGUGGAGGAAAGAACUCUACAUGGUAAGAAAUCCUUACAAUUGUACUUUAAAGUCCUUACUAGUUCUUAUACUAAUAUAAAUCUUUUUUCAUUCCUUUAUAAAAUCCUGUUUAGAACAUGGAAACCAUGGCCUCGCAAUUGAACAUUAAAAAGGAGCGUAUAAUGGUGAUCUACGCAGAUUUUAACCCACUGGACUCGCACGCGUUUUUAAAGUUGGCGGAGCGACUCCACGAAAUCCCCACUCAGCAGGUCAAUUUCGACAAAAGCCUUCGCAUAUUGUUAGUUUCUAUUAUGAAUGCCAUUUCUAUUUCACUUUUCAGCGGCUUCGAUACGAGAAGGAACGUGCUCGCCAAGCUGAAUUUAAAGGCAGGCGGACUGAAUCAUAAAGUUUCCAGCGCAGACGUGUAAGUUGCUUAUCCCCGAGUGGCAACGAGCCGGGCCAAACUUCAAAUUCUCCCCUCCGGAAGCCUCCAACGUUUUCCAAAAUAAUGAUAAAAACCGAACAAUUGUUAAGAGUGGGCGGAACGAUAGAUUGCAACCUUGGCAUCCAAUUCACGGUUUCUUUCUACGGGAUCCGCGGUGCUCGAAAACUUGUGUCCACGGUCUCGCCUUGCCCAUCCAUAGUUGUUUUGUAGAUAAGUGUCAAAAAUUCGGUUCGUAGCACAAAUAAGAUGUUUUUGUCUCACAUGACCGAACAUUUUUUUUUCGCGGGUCUGUAAUAUAAAACUGUGCCACUUUUAGCAACUUUAUAAAGCUUUACCCGCUUUUUGAACGUUUUCCGCACGCAGUUUCUUUUUUUCCAUCACACCUCGCAUUCAUUCGAAUAGUAUCGUACUGGCCGACCAGGCCGAAAAAAUCUUCGGCCCGGUCCGGAAUCAAGUUUGCUGUAUCUUUAUCUCGGGUUGAUUUCUAGGAGCGCACUCUGGGGAGACCAAGCAAAGACCCUCGUCAUUUCAUACGACGUCUGCCACAGUUCCGGUGUCAGACAGUAUAGAUUAGGAGACGUCUGCACGGAGCCAAGUUCAGUCGGCGUAAGUACAAAAAAAAAAGUUGCCCCAAAGACGAGUGGGUUUCAGUUCGCUUUCAACACCGGUCGUGCACCAACGGAAAUCUUCGGAGACUUCCAUCUUCAGCGACCGAGAAAAGAACAGGUCAACGAUGACAUCCUUAAAAAACGGGCAAGGGCUAUACUUGGACAGUAUCACCAGAACCGGAAAGAGCUCCCGGAGAAUAUAAUCAUUCUGCGCGACGGAGUCUCUGAGGGACAGUACAAGAUGGUCCGAGAUGAGGAAUUCGUAGCGAUCCAGGAGGGAGUCCGCGAUUAUCUGAGUGCCAGCAAAUCCCAGAAGAAAAUCGCCUUCUCCCUCCUCAUUGUCACGAAGCGCCACGCCAAUCGUCUGUGCAUGAGUGGCCAAAAAAGUGAAUAGAGCUGUUCAAUUGUGUAAAUUGGCAUGGUCUUCAGGCUUCGUGAACGUCCCCCCGCUCACCGCCAUUGACACUGGCAUCGUCAGGAAAGAGGGAACCGAGAUGAUCUUCGUCAGCCACAGUCCGCUUGCUGGAACUGCCCAGCCGAUGCUCAUAAACAUCCUCCACAAUGAUGCGAUCUUCACCAGCAACACUCAGUUGUCUCACUUCCUCGCGGCACUGUGCUGCGAGCACCAGGUUUGCACCUCAAUCGUGUCUCUCCCGGAGACGGUCUACGCAGCCGACGCCUACGCAAAGAGAGGAAGCGACUUGUUCAAUUGCUACAAGAGGUUAGUGUGUCGAGUUUUCGUUCCAUUCGUGCAAUUUCUUGCUUUGCAGUGUGGCACCUGAGUUGAAACGCCCGGUGGAUACGCUAGACGACGGAAGCAUCGAUUUCGAGGCGAUCACGAAUCGUCUGGCCUACGUGACCUCUUCGUUCAGAUUCAAACGUAUCGCCUAA